GUCAAAACGUCACUUUUGGCUUUGAUUUGUCGCUAUCGAAGUAUUAUAGUUUAUUUGAGAAUAUAUCUCGAUGUUUUUAGCUAUAAAAUACAUUAAAUGAAAUUAUUCUAAUUAAGCAACAUGGAAACUGUGUCACUCAUGUAUAUUAAAUAUAACUACAAACAACAAAAUGUGUGAAUAUCUAUGAAGUUACCAAGAUAAUGUCCAUACGAUGGAGUAUUUCUCACUGUUGUUGUUGAUUACUAGUUUUGGAAUUAUUGAUAUAUUUGCUGAAAAUGAUAACUGUACGAGAGCCAACAUUCGUGGAGACUACAAGUUGUGUGUACGCAAAUUGUCAGAAUCAUUGUCGACAAAAUUCAACGAAAUAGUUAUUAACGAGCUCGGAAGCGAAUACACGGCACAUUUCGAAAUAAGGUCAGCGCACAAAAUAAACCACUACCCGGUGUCUGAUAAUGACACCUUGUUUAUUAUUGCCGAUAAAUUGAGCUACAAAAUUUCAACUGCUGCAAACAUACUGCAAGAUAUUAUGAAAAAUGUUACAGGUAGUAACAAUACUCCGUCCUACACGCAUCCGUGUCCAUUCAACUCUAUACGUAAGUCAGUGUUUAUUAAAAGUUCCAGUGUCUACUAUAAUUUGCCAGUUGUGGACUCUACAUCCAAGAUAAUGAGUAGAUUUAAGGAUUUAAAAGUUAAGAGACAGUAUUUUUUGUCGCACAUGGAUUAUGCAACUGAUAAAGACUGCACAACCAUGCCCCAUUCACAUUUACGGUAUUUAUACCAUAGUGUUGUCCACCCUGAACCAAAACUUGUUGUCUUUAUAAUAGACAACAGUAUGAGAGCAGAUUCGUUACAACAUGCUGUCAGUGUGGCCAAAGAGACAGCAUAUGCAUUGCAGAGUACUGACUACAUCGCAUUGAAAAUGACAAACACAACUGAUUUUGUUAAAUUUGAAGAUAGUUGCAGUAAUGAUGGUGUGUCUGACUUAGGGAACGCUACAGAAAACAAUAAACUACUACUGCGAGAGUAUUUGGCAAGUUUAGAUAAUGCUCCAUCAAAUGUGUCCCCACUCACUAUUAGUCAAGAGUUAAGUAACCUUUUGACACUAAAACCCUUGCCAAAAAAUAAGUUAUUUAUUUUUUUAACUGAUACAAAAGUAUUAAAAAAUGAAACAUGGCUCAAAAUAUUUCCAUACUCAAAUGGUGACAAUAAUAUGAAAUUUGCAAUAGGUUUAAUAUAUGAGAACCAAUCUGAUAGAAAUAGUUCAUUAGGUAUUCUCCAUAUUGAUAAGUGGCACAAUCACUCAACCAAUCAUUCUGUUAUGAGGGUUCACAUCAAUGACAGUGGUGUCAUUGGACAAGUUGCGUCAGCAUUCAUUUCAUUGCUGCCUGGUAACUACAACAGUAUGAAGUUGAAGGUCAUAGGUCCCAUUUGGGAAGCGACAGAAAGGGAUUUCAUGGUAUCUCUAGUAAUACCUACAAUCAAUGGUGUUUUAGGUUUAGAUCUGUAUUGGUCCGAUUUAGCUGAAGAUAUUGUUUAUUUUCAAGGUGUGAGUGUACAGAAGAGAGCAUUUGUUAUGGACUUUUCAGGCAAAGUUCUCAUGCACACAUAUUUUCCACGACCUGAAAUAUCCUCUGAAAAAAUUAAAUUCACAACUCUAGAGAACAUAGAAACUUAUGAUUUUAUAAAUAUAGUAAAGCAGGAAAUGUUAUCCAAUAGCCAUGGUAAUUUUACUAUGACCAACCAUAACUCAAGUAAAUCUAUUGUUUAUUCCUGGAAAUGGGUUGAGAAUUUGUAUAUUGUGUGUAUUGUAUCUGAAAGUGGGGAACUCAGCAAUCCCAAUAAGACUAAUAUAUAUUUUACUAGAAGCAACAAAGAGAUAUUGUUUCAUAGAUUAGAUUUAUUUCCUCCAAAAACUGGUAAAGUUUGUAGACACUUUAAACAAAUUGCAACUAUAGACCAAGGCACAGUUUAUUUAAGUCCAUCUAGUUUUCAGUCACCAUUCACAUAUCUGUAUGAUAUGGGAGAUGGUCAAGAAGCUGUUACUUACAUGCAAAACUAUUUGGCUUACCUGAAAAGUUUAGCUUAUGGUUUGCUUUCUAAUCCGGGACUAAAGAAUGAAAUUCAACAAGAUGUUGGUUUCCUGAAUCCUAUCCUAUCAUUUUAUAAAAGGCAGCAUUUACAUGGUGCUUAUUCUAAGUAUAUAGUCAGAAGAUAUGCUGUCACAGACAGUGGUGUAUUGGUUAUGUUCCCUGGAACUGUUUUAGAGUAUGAUUAUGAGCCUGUAAAGAGACCAUGGUACACAUAUGCUGUUGAAUAUCCAGGUAAAAUAAUUUUAACUCCACCCAAUUUAGAUGUUGGUGGAGCAGGUUAUAUAGUGAGUAUUUCAUAUGCAGUGAACAGUCCUAUGCAACCAACAAAAGUAGUUGCAAUGGAUGUAACAAUGGGUUUUCUUUAUAAACUUCUCAUUGAUAGUUUUCCUUUAUGUGCUUUGUCUUAUGUGAAAUGCUUUAUCAUGAAUAAUCGUGGUUACUUAGUUUCUCAUCCUGGAUUGAUGGAUCCCAACAGCUCUGGCCCUAUAGAACAGCAACAUAUCACACACAAAGAGUCAAUGAUUGCUAUAGAUAUGUUAAACCACAAAGGUUUCGUUACAAAGAGGUUGUGUAAUAAUUUUUAUGAUAAAACAAUACAAAGGUUUUAUGAAUUUAAUACAUCAUUACCAAAUGUACUCUCUAAUGUUGUGUCAGGUGAUCAUUGUGUUCAUUAUUAUAUAGCCGCAAUUCCCGGUACAAAUGCUUUCAUUGGUCUUGUCAAUGCAUCUUGUAGUGUUGGUGCAUUUUGUCCUUGUAGUAUGGUGGAUCGCCUCUGUCUUAACUGUAAUCGUAUGGAACAGACAGAAUGUGAAUGCCCUUGUGAAUGUAGUUCUGAAUUAUAUGAAUGUCCUAAUGCUAAUGUUUCUAGAUUCAACCAAGACAUACCACUCUGUGGAAUGAUGCCAGAAAAUAAUAACCAUAAAUCCCACUAUUUUAAUAACUUUGCAGAAAAUUUAAAAACAUGCUUUGACUUUCAAUGUGAAACCUAUUUGACACAUUCUUCUUGCCUGGGUGUGUUAGGUUGUGAAUGGUGUCAAGUGGACAUUGAUGGCAGAUCGCCACUGUCGGCUCCAUUUUGUACAUCGCAGUCAACAUGUUUCAAUGGAGUUUUAGGUGCACUAACUCCAUAUGGAGAAAGCACUUUUGGUCACGUAAAUAGAGACGCGUUUGGCAACUAUUCAGCCAUAGGGCCAAUUGCUGGGUGUAUAGUGACUGUAAGUUUAGUCAUAGCUGUAGCUAUUUACUGUUAUAGACAGAAUGUCACUUCUGCUAGUUGCCAUAAUUUAUAUGUAGAUGGUCCAGCCGAAACUUGGCACGAAGCAGACGUCCAAAUGAGUCAUUUACAAUCUGAAGAUAUGCACGACUUAUCUGGCCAGGAUAAAUUGUUACCCGCUAUGGAAAUAGAAGCUCCAAUAUCACCCUACAGGGUUGUAACCGGGUAUAGACGAGCACAUACUGCAGGUGGUUCAGAUCAUGGUUAUUCAACCAUGACCCCACAUGAGGACUCUGAGGCAACUGGCUUCUCUGUGAAUGAUCCAAUUGUUUUAUCUGAUGAUACGAAGUCAGAUGUAAGUUAUCCUCUUCCAGCUAAAAUAAAGCCUAGGUUGAUAAAAGGUGGUGACUUAAGCAUAACUGUUCUGCCUUGCGGCAAAAAUAGCGUUAUAGCUCCAGUUACUGUCCAUAGACACAUGGAAGCUUCCUAACAGUUAAUUUAUUUAAAUUAAAUCUACCUCCUCUGUAAAUUAUAAAAAAUAAUCUGUACAGUACAUAAUAAAAUAUACCUAAUACUUACAUUUAAUUGUGAUAUUUAUAUAUUUGUCAUAAGUUUUUGAUGUGUUUUGACAAUCAUGAAUGUAUUUUGUUAUGAAUAAUUACACCCACUGAUGUGACAUUUGUAAUUUUUUAUAGGUAGUUAAAUAAUGCAAAAUAAUAUUUUCUAUUCAAAGAUU